AUGACGGUGCUCCGAUCUCGCCAAAUACCACCGGUCUCAAGCGGCAAGCCACAACCCCUUAAACAGCUAUCCGACACCAUCGAGCCGUCAACUCCGGCUCGGGAGCAAGAGCCCGAUGUCCACCACUCUCCGAUUGAAAUCACUUCCAGUUCACCACUCGGCGGAUUGGUCCCUAUUGAUUUACCCACCAACACUUUCCCGAGGCGAAGUCCUCGUCUUGCGUACCAAUCUCAGGGCCAUGCCGAUGAUCAAUCUCCGAAUGGAUUAACUGAGGUUAGUAUCUCAGUUUGCGGGAAGAGAAAUUGGACUGUAGAUGAAAAGUUUUUGAGUUUGCGGUCAGGGAAGAGAGUUGCUAAGAGGGUUGUAGAUAAUGGAUUCGAAUUUGACUCCGGUGAACAAUUGGAUUUCGGAAACGAAUCGGUGCAUGUUAGCAUAUCUGAUGACGGUGUACCGUCCAGUGUUGUUGCCAUGAGAAUGGAUGAUGAGGAGAUGAGAGAAGCUGUGAUGUCAGAUGAAGUUUUAGUGGUAGAAAGUAAGACCAAAGGGAAGGGGAUAAUGGAGGAUUCUUAUGAAGGUAAUGAUGUGGAAGUGAAUUUUCUUGAGAGGUUUGAGGAGAAGAGAGAAACUGUGAUGUCAGAUGAAGUUUUAGCGGUGGAGAGUAAUAACAAAGGGAAGGGGAUAAUGGAGGAUUCUUAUGAAGGUAAUGUUGUGGAAGUGAAUUUUCUUGAGAGGUUUGAUGAGCCAAAGGGUAGAAGAAAGUAUACUAGGGAGGAGAAGGGGAAGGGUAUACAGGUGGAGUAUGUGGAUCUUUCUUCCCCGGUCACGAGUGAGAACGAGAUCGCCGGAGAUGAAGUAGGAGAAAUGGAAAUCGAGAACUCUGUUAACAAUCAGAUACCCCCUGAUGCCGCUGUUGAAGAAGUACCUGCGGUGGUGGUUCAACCAGUAAAUCAUCAGAAUGGUGGUGCGGUUGGAAACAAUACAAGAAAUCGGCGCCAUCGUGAAUUUGCGGAGGCACAUGCGUCCAGGUUUGCUCGUUUUGCUCCUCAGGUGGAGGAAGAGGAGGACUUGUCUGAUAAAGAGGCUGAACAACAAGGCGAAGAUUGGCCUGGUCCGUUCUCUACUGCUAUGAAGAUAAUUAAGGACCGAGAAGAGGAGGCGAAUCCGUUUAUUGGUAUUGGUGUCUCCAACAAAAAAUCUUCGCCAAUUAUUUGGGCUCCCAGGAAAAACCACAGUUUAACAACCCCUCUGAGGGCUGCUCCAUCUCUGAAAGAACUAUCCAUGAGAGUUCUUGUCAAGAAUGCUGAUGCCCUCACUUCGCUUGACUAUGUUCCAGACGCACUGAGGGUUAAGCUUAGUCAAUUGCUUUGUGAAUCCAGGAGAAUGGACGUGCACUUUCUUGAUCUUCUUGUCCGUGGAACUCCAACAGAGAUUUGUGUUCCUGAUUGUUCAUGGCUGACCGAGGAAGAGUUCACCGAAUGUUUUAAGAACAGUGACACCAGCAACUUAACGAUUCUUCAACUCGACCAGUGUGGGCGUUGUAUGCCAGAUUAUGUAGUACCCUCCACCUUGGCAAGGUCACCAAAAAACUUGCCGGUGCUAUCAUUUUUAUCUUUAAAAGGUGCAUGCCGGCUUUCCGAUGUGGGGCUACGGGCACUUAUUUCCGCUGCUCCUGCGAUUGAAUCUAUUAAUCUCAGCCAAUGUUCUCUUCUAACAUCAUCUAGCGUUGACAUGUUAUCCGAUUCAUUGGGCUCGGUUUUAAGGGAACUGUAUAUCAACGAGUGCCAGAACAUUGAUCUGAAGCUUAUUCUGUCAGCACUUAAAAAGUUUGAGAAGCUAGAAGUCUUGUCUCUUGUGGAUCUUCCUUCAGUCAGGGGUCGGUUCUUGAGGGAGUUUGUUUCUGCUAGAGGACAAACCCUGAAACAGCUAAUUCUGACCAACUCUGGGAAACUAAACGACUCUACUGUUAAAGCAAUCGCUGAAAACUGUCCUAACUUAACCGUGCUUGACCUGGCUAACGUAUGCAAGCUGACUGAUUCUUCGUUGGGAUACCUUGCAAAUGGCUGUCAAGCUCUGGAGAAAUUGAUUUUUUGUCGCAACUCUUUCAGCGAUGAAGCUGUAGCUGCGUUUGUAGAAACCGCAGGCGGUUCACUGAAGGAGCUAUCACUAAACAAUGUCAAGAAGGUUGGUCACAACACGGCCUCUGCACUUGCUAAGCAUUCAGAAAAGCUGCAGAUUCUGGAUCUAUCCUGGUGCCGAGAUUUAUCGGACGUUUCAUUAGGCUACAUUGUCGAUAACUGUUCAUCCCUGAAAGUGUUGACAGUAUUUGGAUGCACUCAGCUCACAGAUGUAUUCGUUCGAGGUCACUCGAACUCUAAUGUUAAGAUCGUAGGUCUGACGAUGGAUCGCUUCUUGGACCACCCUACAAAGAACCUUGCCGAUUGCUGA